AUGGUCAAGACUAAGAAGUCCGGUGACACCCUCUCCUCGCGCCUUGCGCUUGUGAUGAAGUCUGGCAAGGUUACCAUGGGUACCAAGUCCACCAUGAAGACUCUCCGCUCUGGCAAGGCCAAGCUCGUCCUCAUCUCCGGCAACUGCCCUCCUCUGCGCAAGUCUGAGCUUGAGUACUACGCCAUGCUCGCCAAGACCCCCGUUCACCACUUCAACGGCAACAACAUUGAGCUCGGUACCGCUUGCGGUAAGCUCUUCCGCUGCUCCGCCAUGGCUAUCCUCGAUGCCGGUGACUCCGACAUCCUGAGCCGUGAGGCUUAA